AUGACUAGAAAAUAUUUUAAAAAAAUUAUUAUAAUUUCUAGUUUUAUGAUUUUAUUGGUUAAUUUAAGAAUUGUGUACAAUUUUGAGGAAUCUUUUUUUAAUAACAAUUUUAAUCUUUUUAAAUAUUUUAAUAGUUAUCACAUCAAAAUAGAUGAUUUAAAAAUAAAUGAGAAUUAUUUAUUUAAGAAACCUGAUAAUAUAAAUAUAGAACUGGCUUUAUCAGCAUUAAAAGGAAUAAAAUAUGAUAAUGAUAAUAAAAAUAUAAUAGAAGGUAAAAAAAAUAUAGAAAUUAGUAAAUGGAAUAAAUUAACUAAAAAAGACUUUUUUAAUGAAAACAAGGAAGAAGAAAAUUUAAUUAAAGGAAUGCCUGAACCAUAUUAUAUAUAUAACAUUACAGAUAAUAUAAAAAAUACAAAGUUUUAUUUUAACAAUAAUAAUAUAGAAAAUAUGGAAAUUAUUUAUAAGGGAAAAUAUAUACCCAAAAUAUAUAAUAAUAUUUUUCUAAUAUUUGCAAUUUCAUUUAUGUAUUUAUUUUGUAUAAAAAUAUUAUUACAAGGGUAUAUUAAUGGGAAAAAUACUGCUAAAAAAUUUAUAUCAAAAAUAUCUACUUUGUUUACUUUUUUUAUAAUACUAAAAAUUAUGUUGUCACUUAUUCCUCCUUUCUUAUGUGCUUCCCUUUGCAUAAUUGUAACUUUCUAUUUUUUUUCCAUAUCAAUGAAUCCUUGUGAAAAUUUUUUUUUUCUUAAAAACUCAAAAAUAAAAAAAGAACCAAUAGGAUGGAUUCUUAUUGUUUUUUCACAAUCUAUAUUAAUUGGGAAUUUUAUAUAUCAUUUAUUAUUUAAUGUAAAGGUAUUAAAUAUGUUAAUAAGUCACGUACAUUAUUAUUUUUUAUUACAUUUUAUUUGUUUUGUUGUUUUAUUACUUAUAGCUUCCCUCAUAUUUUUUUUUAUGAUAAGUAAUAUAUUUUCAGCAAAAAAAGCUCAAAAUUUUGUUUUUUCUUUUACAUCCUCUUAUUUAAUUGUAUCUUGUUAUACUUAUUUUUACAAUCUUUUUAUUUUGAGAUUUUUAAAUAAUACUAAUAUUGUUCAAAUUGAACCAAUUAUGUUUUUUUCUUAUACACCUAAAUUUGUAUUUAAUAAACAAAAUAUGGUUGCUUUGCUUAUCCUUUUUAUGAUGACUAUUAUGUCAUUAGUGUUACCGAAAUGGUUAAAACAAAGUAAUCCUUUAAGUAAAAAAAUAAAACAGACAGACAAGAAAAUAACAAAUAAAUAUGAUGUUUUUUUAAAUUAUUUUUCUUAA